ACUGCGGGCCGACCGGCAGCAGUGACUGUUGCGCUUACAGGCAGGGUUUAAUUAAAUGAUUAAUUUACUUGACACUGAAAUAGGUCCAUUUAACCCGCGAACGAAAAAGAAAUCACCCAAGGCAGAAAAUAAAAUUCCGGGUAAACUGCGGACCUGGCAACCCUGUAAUGGCACGAAAAAGUUACCUGAUGACGUCUCGGUAAAACCAGCGAUGAUGACCUGUGACCUCUGUGUUUGACUGUAAGGUUACCAUAAAGGUUACACAAACUGUAUACGUGGGACACUACAAACAAACAAUAUAAGCAUUGAAUAAUUCGGUGAAAUACAGUUAGUUCGUGCUAAUCUGAUGAUUAUGUACCUGUCCAUAAGCAAUGAGGGAGAGUGGAUGAAGACCGCAGAUUGCGAAAUCCAGCAGUGAGGAUGGUAAUUGCCCGGAAUGGAGUGUAAACGGUCUCGAGGUGGACUAUUGGAUCAAGCUGCCGCUUACCUGGGCUGAGCCUCUGUACAUGUGGUAUGUGCUUUACACUGCAAACCUUGUAUUUCGGACUUCCUCUGUGUCCCUCUGAAUCUCAUGCUAAUCAUUGCUAAGCUAACAAACUACUUUCAUUGAGCUGGAAGAGCAUUGCCCUUUCAGUUUUACCCAGCCUUUGGAGCGCUGUUGGAGCUGAACCGUCACAGUAGAUUGGACCGAACUGGACUGCGGAUCUGGCAUCAGCAGGUUUUCUGCUGGAGGUGUCAGGCUCUGGGUGUGAGAGGGUCUGGACUGCAGCUAACAUCUACCUCCCCACUGAUACGGUGCUACACGCUCGCUCUGUGGUGUUAGUCUGGACCAGCUGGUCAAAGUUGGCUCUGCAGGAGAUGGUGCCCCAGGUGAAGGCUGCCAGUCUACUGCAACCCUGCCCGUCUGCCAGCACGCCUGCCAGGCUGUCUGCUGGGUGCUGAGAGUAGACAGAGGAGGAUUUAGCCUGCAGGUCUGGACAACAUCAAAGUUUGUCAUUGGACUGGUUACUGGCAGCAGCUAUAAUGAAGAAUCAUCCACUUCCUGUCCUGUCCCAGGCUGUCCAUCUCCUACAGCGUCAGACUAAUGAAGGUCUCUCUCUCUCUUUCACUCCCUCUCUUUCUCAUUUGGUUCUGGAUUCGGUUGAGGUGAUGGCCAGCGCCCAUGUUUCCCCCCCUGGUCACAGGAAGCCCCUGGAAAGCAGAGCGGAGAAGGCGGGGUCAUCAGUCCGAAAGGUCCAUUUCCUAUUGGUGCAGCAGGCUACAGACACCUACCUGGUGAACGACGAUCCUGCCAGAGGCCCGGGGAUGCCUGAAUGUUUCCUCGUGUCGGAUACUUACAGGGAUGAAUUCCACCCCUUCAUCGAGGCCCUGCUGCCCCAUGUCCGCGCCUUUGCCUACACCUGGUUCAACCUGCAGGCCCGCAAGCGCAAAUACUUCAAGAAGCAUGAGAAGCGCAUGUCCAAGGAGGAAGAGCGUGCAGUAAAGGAUGAACUGCUGGGGGAGAAGCCAGAGAUCAAGCAGAAGUGGGCCUCUCGCCUGCUGGCCAAGCUCCGCAAGGACAUCCGGCCUGAGUUCCGUGAGGACUUUGUGCUCACCAUCACAGGGAAAAAGCCCCCCUGCUGCGUGCUGUCCAACCCGGACCAGAAGGGCAAGAUCCGUCGCAUCGACUGCCUGCGCCAGGCUGACAAGGUGUGGCGGCUGGACCUGGUGAUGGUCAUCCUGUUCAAGGGCAGCCCCCUGGAGAGCACAGACGGGGAGCGGCUGGUCAAGUCCCCACAGUGCACCAACCCUGGCCUGUGCGUUCAGCCACACCACAUCGGAGUGUCCGUCAAAGAGCUGGACCUCUACCUGGCCUAUUUCGUCCACACGCCAGAAUCUGGACAAUCAGACAGCUCCAGCCAACAAGGGGACACAGACAUCAAACCACCGCCCAAUGGGCACCUGAGUUUCCAGGACUGCUUCGUCACCUCAGGGGUGUGGAAUGUGGCAGAGCUGGUCAGAGUGUCACAGACUCCUGUUGCAACAGCAUCAGGUCCCAACUUCUCACUUGCUGACCUGGACAGCAGUCCCAGCUACUACAACAUCAACCAGGUGGCUCUGGGGCGGCGCUCCCUGACCUCCCCUCCCUCCACCAGGUCUGAGGUGGAGUUGUACGCAAACCUUCCACGGAGCUCCACCAAGAGGAAGUCAUUAGACGACAGUGAGCUGGAGAGCCCAACAGAUGAUGUUUUCUAUCCUGGACGCUCACCUGCUGCCAGCUCAUCCCAGUCCAGUGCGUGGCCCAACGACAUGGAUGCAGUGCAGCACCAUUUGGCGAGUGUGCAGGAGAGGAAGAUAAAACAUGAAAACGAUGGCGUGCAGUUUCCUUACCAUGGACUGUCCUCGCCUGGUUCACUUAAGAAGCCGGGGAAGUUUGAUUUCAACGCCCUGACUUCCCAGACGAGGUCCCCCCGCAUGGCGUUCACACACCACCCGCUGCCUGUGCUGGCAGGAGUGAGACCAGGGAGUCCCCGUGCCUCAGCCUCAGCCCUGCACUUCCCCUCCUCCUCUAUCAUCCAGCAGUCCAGCCCGUACUUCACCCACCCCACUAUACGCUACCACCACCACCAGGACCCGCUCAAGGAGUUUGUGCAGUUCGUGUGCACCGACGGCACAGGCCAGCCUAGCGCACAGCCUAAUGGAGGUGGCCAGAGCAAAAUGCCGGGCUCCUUCCUGCUGCCCCCGCCACCCCCAGUGGCACGUCCUGUGCCCCUCCCCAUGCCCGACUCUAAAAUCAUCAGCACGCCCACUGACGGCGGACUCAGCUCACCCGCAUCUCCGUCAUACUCCACGCCAGGCUCCACAGCUCCCAACCGGUUUGUCGGCAUCGGAACACGGGACAACUUUCUGAAUAUCCCCCAGCAGACUCAGUCCUGGUUCCUCUGACAAGGCCUCUCUGAAUCAAGAGCUAAAAUUGUGUCAUGAAAAUUGGAAAUGUAAAAAACAAACGCACCACGGCUGAUUAAGAGCAGACUGCUGACACUAAAAGGUCUUUCUCUCUCGCCAACACUAUUCAAAGUUGUACUACAGAACCCCACCCCCCCACACUAAACCCCACCACAAUCCUACGAGGACCCAACCCAACAUGAUUCAAACGAACGAUCGUCCCCUUCAUGCAGGAGGCUUCAAUGAGAUUGAGUGAACAGAUUCAGAAUGCAAGGAGGAGGAAGAGGAAGAUGAGGAACUGUCUCACACACCACAAAAUGUCAGAAAGGAAACACAAUAUGGAAAACUGACAAAUGACCAAUUCUACAUUUGUUUUUUUUUUAUGAUUUAUUUUUUUCAUUUUGUUGUCUCCACAAUGAAACUCCAUGCAUUGGCUUGGAGAUCCAAAAAAAAAAAGUGGUAAAACAGAGAAGUCAGAUUUGCAAGUGGAAAGAUAGUCACCCAAACUGCACACUUCCAUAUCUGUGUGUUUAACCGCUCAGCUCUCUUCCAGGUGCUUAUUUCCACCUGACUCCCCCCUCCACCACCACUACCACCACCAGGGUCCAGACAGUAACCACAGCCUCAUACCUGUGUGUCGCCACGCUCUGACGCUUCAUUCGCUCAGCCCUGAGCCUUUUCUUUUUUCCUUUUUUUUUUUUCUUUUUCAUUUCUGAUUGGCCAAUCCUGGUGACACCAUCAGAUGGUGCUCACACAUAUGCACUAAGUGGCUGGUCUUUGUUUACCUGUCAGAGAAUCAGGGCGGAGAAGCGAUAGCCAUGAGGCGAGUGUAAGUAAGUGAACACACGACAGACAGUCAUAACACUAACUCUACAUGUGCUCUUUCGUCCCCUCACCUAUGCACUAUUAAUUUUGAAUAAGGGAUGAACAGUACUGCACAUUGAUGGUCAGAUGAGCGAUGAGAGAAGUGAGUCAAGGCUGGCUGUCACUGCUGGGAUGGGGCUGUACUCACAUUAAAGUCUGGACCCUGAAAUUUACAGCAUCCACACACACACACACACACACACACAAUCACACACACAAUCACACACACACACACACACACACACACACACACACACACACACACACACACACACACACACACACACACACACACGCUUGCUUGCACCCCAUGCAAACAGACUUACUUUUUCAGAUUAGUCUGUCAAACAACCAGUGCGUGGAAUCAUCCUGAGAUUACUCAUAGACAUAGGAUUUAUUUUACAGAAAUGCACACGCAGCAUCCGCUUCAUAAUAUUACCUUUCAGUUUGUGUUUCAGUAGGUGUUUUCAUGCGAUUUCCUUUUUUUGUGCUGGAUUUGGUUUUGGUUUUUGUCUCACUUGGAUUGUUUUAACUUUUUUCUUGCAUGUCAUAACACUUUUUGCUUCAGUUUUCAGUAACACAUUAAGUGUCACGCUAAAAACAGAUUUCAACAAAACAGCAGCAGUUUCUCAAAUCUCUCACGUAUGGACAGCACAGUAACAACAGCCCAUCACAUGCAACCCUUGCAUUGCUUUACCCUGUAUCCUUUAGUCCAGUCACAGGAACAUUCAGAGGAAGACAAACACACACACACAUGCACAUUUAAAUCGCACACCAACACCACCAACAACCAGACAUUAAAUGAUAAAGGGAAGCCUUUAUAUUUGGUUCUCCAAACUGCCUUUGUUAAUGGUUUUUCAUUCACUUAAGAUUUUUUUUUAAUUUGAGAUUAUUUUCUUUGUAAUUGUUCACAUUUGAAAUUGCUAUUGUUUUUUGUUUUUUUCAUCAUGACACAAUCCAACAAAAGCCGACCUCACAAAAUAACUGGACUGCCUAGCUGUUGGUUCUGUUUUGCAGGGAUUGUAAACAGGUCUGAGGCCCUGUUCUCAGCCUCUCUAGUAACAUUAGCUCUAUGUACUAAAACCAUAUAUCAAGUCUAUAACAAUAUAUGAAAGUGCCUCUGUAUUCCCUUCAUGCAAUUAGUAAUAAAGUGACUUCAGGUUCUCUUCCCACAUAUAAGCUACAGCUACAGGGAGUGGUAGCGUUGGUGCAUGUGGAAACCAUUGGCCGAGGACAGAUCUUUAUAGAGGACUGCAAACUUUUUUUUUGUUUGUUUUUUUGUAAAGACAGAGAGAGAGAGAUCUUAUACAUAUAUAUUUAUGAUAUAUGCUCCUUUUUAACUUUUACUACAUGAGCUGGUUGGCAGUCUAGUUAUUUUCUGAACUCUCACCUCCCUUUUCACCCCCCUCCACAACUCGUUUCAGUAACAUCACCUUACUGUUACCAGUGCGGAUCAAACGACACACACCAUCGCCGUCUGCAGCACAGGAUUAUAAUACCUAAAUAAACAUGUCAAAAAUCGACAGUAGGUUUGAAGAAAAAAAAAAGUGUUUGUUUUUUGAUGGAAAGUAUUAUUAUUGAAAAUAUGUGUCGAUUGAGCCACGUGCAAUGCAUUGGGUAGAUCAUUGUGUUUGUCUGUUAGAGAUUUUUAAGAAAGCUACAAGAAAAGAGAAAAAAAAUGUAUUUGUUUCAAGUCCGUAAGCUCCAGGACUCUAAACUAGAGGGCCAAGAAAAAUCCUAGUCUUUGUAAGUUGGGGGUAUUUGUUUUUAUUUCCUUUGUCUCUUUUUUAAUGUUUUAUGUGUAAUCAGUUGUUUAUAAAAAUGUGGGAGGGCUGAAGGAAAAAAAAAUCUACACAACUUGAGGAAAAAAAAUCUCUAUCAUCAGAUAAAAACCUGGUGCUUCAACACUAUAAAGUACAUACCUAUUGUAAAUGAAUGGUGAUGAACAAAAUUAACAGACCAUGUAGGAAACAGCAUUAUUCCUCUCUCUAUUUUUAUUCUUCUUCUAUUUGUAUUGAGCGGGGGGAGAGGUUCCUGGUCCUUAAGGUUGUGACACAAAAGGCAUUUCGGUUCAACCUUUAGAAAAAAAAGUAACAAACCUAUAAGUUAAUCUGUGCACUGCCUGAAACUCACCAGCAGAAAACACAACAACCCUCCCAGUUUAACUCAUUUUUAUAAAAAAACACAUGACAAGUUCCUCCCUGUUCUGUGAGAGAUGCUUCACAUGCAGAAACCUUUUCUACACAUCAUCCUGGUAUGGUUCUGAAUUUAAAGCAGUAUCCAAGUCAGCCGGUUGUGUUGAGACCCAAACGCAAUGGAGAGUAAAUAUAUGCUUCAAAUCCGGCAUAAAUCUGAGGUCUGAACCAUGAUGAAGCAGGCAGCAAGGUGAGCCUCCCCCUGUUCCACCCCCUCCUCUGUAAAUGACUCUUUUAGUGCUUGUGCUGUAGUGUAUAGUUUCCCAGCAGUUAAAGGUUGUCCCUUAAAAGUGCCUUUUGUUCACAGACUCCAUUUUGUAAUCCAGAUCGCCCCUUUUUUUUCCAAAUGGCUCGAGGUAGUAAGUUGUCCCUGACUGCCGCACGAAGGCAAAAAAAAAGCCAUCGCCGAUUAAGCUCUUAAGGACAACUUUUUUUCCUCUGCCUUCGAAAUGAAUCCCUUCCACUGUACCUCCCCUAUAUCCUCUCUUCCUUUCAAAGCCCUAUAUAUAUAUACAUACAUAUAUAUAUAGUACAAAAGGAAACUGGUGUGAAUUAGUUCUUUACUUUUUAUUGAUAAAUGAUGAUGAAAAAAACAUUUUGAAAAGGCAAAAAAACUUGUUCUCGUUCAGCUCUUGCUUUUUUCUUCCCCUCUGUCUCCACUGUCUGUUUUCUCUUAGGCAUUGGAGUAGUCUGUAACUGUGUGUCCGUCUCACUCUCUCUCACUCUCUCUCUCUCUAUCUAUCUAUCUCUCUCACUCUUUCUCUCCCUUUCUCUCUCCCUCUCUCCUGCCCUCUCCUCUGUUGGGAGGGGGAUAAAAAAAUUUGCCGAAAAACUUUUUGUCUGAGCAGAAUGCAGUUAGCUCACAUGUUAUUCUUGUCUGUAUGCUUCACAUUGUAUUACCAUACCCAUCUUCUUCAGCUUUUUCCAUUCAACAGCUAAUGUAAGUGAACAAAUUACGCUGACGGGCUUUUGGGGGUGUCCUUUGGGUGGGUUAGGAAGGGACGACAGGGGUUAAAAGAGGUUUCCUGAGAAGAUAAAUGGGGUCCUGAGGGCUGGAUGAACUGCUUUGAAAUGUUGGAAAGGGGCUGCUUUGACUAGCAUAAGAGUCCGCUCUUUUGUCUCAGCUAUUUAUUUUUGGCUUUGUUUUAUUCCCCUUUUUUCCUUUUAAUUUGGAUUUAUUUUUGCUAUCAGGGUAUGCUGUCAUUGAGAAGCUCUUUGAGGGCACCUCAGACUGUACAUGAAAGCUACAAGCACCUUAUAACCGGACUUAUCCUGCACGAGGCUGAAAGAGGGGGGUUUUGCAUUUCCAGGACAUAUCCCACAAUCUUUUAAAGUAAAGUAUUAUUGUUCACGGUGGGUUUCACACAGAGAAAACCCUCAGCAGUAUUAGCCAUUUACAACAUACCAAUCAGAUAGAUAAAAACCAGCAUGAAUGAACCUGAUCUCUCACAUUUCUGAGGAUUCAGGGAAAUCCCUCCAUGUUUCUCCUCUGACCCCCUCAUGCUGGACUGCUCCGAGUUUUCGUUCUGUUGUUUAUUUUGUUCUUACUCUUCUUAAGCGUGUAUGGUUAUUGGUGUAAUAGGCAGCACCCCAAGCCCCCUGACUCCCAGCUCUUGUGCGCCUCUGUGUACACCCUCAGUGCAGCACCACUUCUUUGUCAGAACACCCCCAGAGCUCUAGGUGAAAUGCAUGUGUUAAUUACAGUUUCUUUUCCAUAAGAAGAAAAACACAGUUUGAGAAGAGCAGCACCUGAUUGAAUAAAAAGGAUGUUCUUGACUGUA